AUGGGAGGCCCAAAGCAGCCCCUGCCAAAGAACUGGCCCGAGGGCUUCCCAUAUCUCACCUCGCCCGCCUACUCCCCGUCCCUCUCCAAGGCCCAGCUGCAGUCCUGCCGCACCAAGCCACCCGCCGCCACCAACGACGAGGUGCUCCGCGAGAUCCCGCGCGACCUCAAGCUGGGCCCCUGCCCCCUUGUCAAGAUCACCCCCAUAACCGACCCCCGCCACCCCGCCUGCGGCCAGUGCGGCCUCUUCGCCGCCCGCGCCCUGCCGCCGGGGGGCCUGAUCCUGCCGUACCUGGGCGAGUACCACCCGGCCGACUCGGCCGCGCACGCAUCGUCCGACUAUGACCUGUGGCUGGACCGGGACGCGGCGGUCGCUGUCGACGCGGCCAGGAUGGGCAACGAGGCCCGGUUUGUGAAUGACUACCGCGGCGUGCCUGGAGCUGUGAAGCCUAAUGCUGAGUUCUGUGAGGUCUGGGACCUCCGGAGGGGCGAGAAGGGGAUGGCCGUGUUUGUCUUGCCCGUGGGCAAGAAGGCUAGGGGGAAGGGUGGUGGUAUUUCCAAGGGAGAGGAAAUCCUCAUUAGUUAUGGGAAGGGUUUCUGGGGCGAGCGGCGCGGCGAGGCCCAGGAGGAAGAGGCUGGGGGUGAGUUUGAGGUUGAGACUCAGGUUGAUGGGCCACAAUGA